GGCAGCGGCCGUCUUGGCUCUGGCUGCUCGCGCAUGGGCUGCGCGUAGCGAAGGCGGUGGUGCCAGAGGGGAGCCGCCCGGAGCUGGUGAAGGUGGCGGCUGCCGGGCGCUCCGCUGCCGAGGAAAAUGGUGUUCGAGUCGCUGGUCGUGGACGUGCUGAACCGCUUCUUGGGGGACUACGUGGUGAACCUGGACACCUCCCAGCUGUCCCUGGGCAUCUGGUCAGGUGCUGUGGCCCUCAGGAAUCUUGAAAUUAAAGAAAAUGCUUUGAGUCAGCUGGAUGUACCAUUUAAAGUUAAAGUUGGUCAUAUAGGCACUCUCAACCUUGUAAUUCCAUGGAAAAACCUUUAUACUCAACCAGUUGUAGCUGUAUUGGAAGAAAUUUAUUUGCUCAUAGUGCCUUCUUCUAGAAUAAAAUAUGAUCCUUUAAAAGAAGAAAAACAACUCAUGGAAGCAAAGCAGCAAGAAUUAAAAAGGAUAGAAGAAACAAAACAAAAAGUAGAUCAAGAACAACAUCAGAAUGAGAAGCAAGAUACUUUUGCAGAAAAAUUAGUCACUCAGAUCAUAAAAAAUCUUCAGGUGAAAAUUUCCAACAUUCAUAUCCGUUAUGAAGAUGAUAUUACAAAUCGAAACAAACCACUGUCCUUUGGUGUUUCCCUUCAAAAUCUCAGCAUGCAGACAACUGAUCAAAACUGGGUUCCAUCUUUACAUGAUGAAACUGAGAUGAGACUAUUUCGUAAGUUAAUCCGAUUGGAUAAUCUUUUUGCCUAUUGGAAUGUGAAAUCUCCAAUGUUUUAUCUUUACGAUUAUGAUGAAUCAUUGGACAGCUUGAGGAAUGGCAUUGUCAAUAAAAAAAAUGUUCUAAGAGGUUAUGAUUUUGUCUUUCGCCCCAUAUCUGCUAAUGCCAAACUCCAGAUGAAUCGCCGAUCAGAUUUUGACUUCUCUGACCCCAAAAUAAACUUGGAAGUUGAGUUACAUAAAAUAGCAAUUGAAUUUAAUAAACCGCAGUAUUUCAGUGUUGUGGAGCUUCUUGAGUCAGUUGACAUGAUGAAACAAAAUCUGCCUUACAGGAAGUUCAAACCUGAUGUGCCUCUUCAUCAUCACGCCAAGGAAUGGUGGAAUUAUGCUAUACGUGGUGUUCUUGAAGUAAAUGUUGGCCCCAAAUUACGAAUGUGGUCGUGGAAGCAUAUUAAUGCACAUAGACAAAAAAUGAAGCAGUAUAAAGAACUGUAUAAAAAAAAGCUAACAAGUAAGAAGCCAUCUGGUGAAAUUCUCAUGUCUUUGGAGGAAUUGGAGAAAACCCUGGAUGUCUUCAAUAUAACUAUAGUGAGACAACAGGCAGAAGUUGAGGUAAAGAAAGCUGGACAUAGGAUUUAUAGAGAAGGAGUAAAAGAUCCAGAGGAUAAUAAAGGAUGGUUUAGCUGGCUGUGGACUCGGUCAGAAUCAAAAACCAAACAGACUAGAAAGCAACCCGAUGUUAAACCUGGAAUUCUUGAAGAAAUGUUGACACCUGAAGAAAAAGUUUUACUCUAUGAAGCCAUUGGCUAUAGUGAAACAGCAGUUGAUCCAACUUUGCCAAAAACAUUUGAAGCCAUGAGGAUUUUCAUUCACUUGAAAAGUAUGUCUGUUGUUUUAAGAGAGAGUCACCAAAAACCUGAGCUCAUAGACAUUGUAGUGGAAGAAUUUAGUUCAUCGAUUGUGCAAAGACCAGGAGCACAAGCAAUAAAAUUUGAAACCAAAAUUGACUCGUUUCAUGUUACCGGCCUACCAGAUAAUUUAAGAAAACCCCACCUCCUGACUUCAUUGGAUAAUGUGUCCCUUUUCCGAAUUGUAUUCGAGAUAAAUCCACUGGAUGAAACUGUUGCUCAGAGGUGUAUUGUAGAAGCUGAACCUUUAGAAAUAAUAUAUGAUGCAAGGACAGUGAAUAGUAUAGUGGAAUUCUUCAGACCUCCUAAAGAGGUGCACCUAGCACAGCUCACUUCAGCAACUUUGACAAAACUUGAAGAAUUUCGAGAUAAGACAGCAACAGGUCUGCUGUACAUUAUUGAAACACAGAAAGUUCUUGAUCUCAGAAUUAAUUUGAAGGCUUCGUAUAUUAUUGUCCCACAAAAUGGAAUUUUCAGCCCUACAUCAAAUCUACUUCUUUUGGAUCUUGGUCAUCUAAUGGUGACGAGUAAAAGUCGUUUGGAAUUACCAGAUGUGAAGCAAGGUGGACCCAAUCUUGAAGCGAUAAGGGACAGAGCUUACGAUUCCUUUGAUGUCCAGCUAACAAGCAUACAGCUGCUUUAUAGUAGAGUGGGUGAGAAUUGGAAAGAGGCACGAAAACUUAAUAUAUCUACACAACAUAUCUUGGUACCCAUGCAUGUCAAUGUGGAACUCUCUAAGGCAAUGGUUUUCAUGGAUAUUAAAAUGCCCAAAUUCAAGAUUACUGGAAAGUUACCUCUUGUUUCCAUACAAGUCACAGAUAAAAAACUGCAAGAGAUUAUGGAAUUGGUUGAAAGCAUUCCAAAACCUGAACCUGUAACUGAUGUCCCUGCACCUGUCAAAUCAUUUCAGACUCAAACAUCUAUUUCCUUGGGAGCAUCACAGAAAAUAAUUCCCUUCUUGGACCUUUCAUGUGCUACUGAAGAUGAAUCAGAGGAAGAAUUCUUUGAUGCGCCCUCUAGUCCCCUGGAAGCGCCUUGUGAGUUUCUAGCUGGAGUUAAAAGUGUUCAUCAAAGAAAGUUACAAAAGCAAGAGUAUCGGGUUAAUUUGACUCAGUUUAAAAUAAGAUUUGAAGUAGAAGAGGUUUUGAUUCAGUUGUAUCACCUUGAGGAAGAUUAUGAACUGCCUGUGCUAGAAAUUGAUGUUUUAGGGUCAGGCAUGGAAGUUGAAAUUAGAACAUUUGAUUUGAAAGCAAAUGCCUUUUUGAAAGAGUUCUGCUUAAAAUGUCCAGAAUUCUUUGAUGAAAAUAAAAAACCAGUAUAUUUGGUCACAACACUGGAUAACACAGUGGAAGACCUGUUAACACUGGAGUAUGUGAAGGCUGAAAAAAAUGCACCUAACUUAAAAAGUACCUAUGGCAGUGUUUUACAGCUGAUCAAGGUGAAUUUUUCCUCUUUGGAUAUUCAUUUACAUACUGAAGCACUUCUAAAUACAAUAAAUUACUUUAAUAAAAUCCUUCCACCCUCCAUGGGAACAUCAGCCUCAGUGUCUACUGUGGAGACUGAAGACAAAGGAGAAAUCAUUAAAAAAUUAGCUUUCAAGCAAUCCAUGAAUGAAGAUAUUAUUACAUUGCAGAUUUUUGCAGAAUUGUCAUGUUUACAGAUUUUUAUUCAAGAACAGAAACGUAACAUUUCUGAAAUUAAGAUUGAAGGGCUUGAUUCUGAGGUGAUUAUGAGGCCUUCAGUAACUGAAAUAAAUGCAAAGCUAAGAAAUAUAAUUGUUUUGGAUUCAGAUACAAUGGCUGUAUACAAAAAGGCUGUUUAUAUCACUGAAAAAGAGGUUUUCAGCUUCAGAAUGAUUUCUUACAUGGAUGCAACUGCUGGUUCUGCGUACACAGACAUGAGUGUGGUAGACCUUCAGAUUAAUUUAACUGUUGGUUGUAUCGAAGUAGUUUUUCUCACAAAAUUUCUAUAUUCUAUAUUGGCUUUUAUAGAUAAUUUUCAAGCAGCUAAAGAAGCUUUGGCUGAAGCAACUGUUCAGGCAGCAGAAAUGGCUGCUACUGGUGUAAAAGAACUGGCACAAAGGAGUUUAAGAUUAGCACUGGACGUUAAGAUAAACGCCCCAGUGGUAAUCAUCCCACAGUCGCCAGAUUCAACAAAUAUUUUUGUAGCUGAUUUUGGAUUAAUUACAAUGACCAAUAAAUUCAUUAUGGUGACAGAGAGCCAGAGCAAUCCUCCACCUGUUAUUGACCUCAUAACAAUCAAGCUGAGUGAAAUGAGACUUUACAGGUCUCAGUUUAUUAAUGAGGAGUACCAAGAAGUACUGGAUCUACUACUGCCAUUAAAUCUUGAAGUGGUUGUUGAGCGAAAUCUAUCCUGGGAUUGGUACCAGGAAGUUCCUUGUUUUAAUGUAAAUGCUCAGUUAAAACCCAUGGAGUUCAUCCUUAGUCAAGAAGAUUUAACAACUAUUUUUAAAACUUUGUAUGGAAAUCUGUGGUACGAACCAGGUGUUAGUGCCUCACCUGCCAUAACUAAAGACCAAAGCAGCGGUGCCAGUGUGGUCACUAACGCGUCACCCCAGUCAGCAGGAGCAACUGUAGUGACAGCUGCUGUGGUGGAAGUAUAUUCACGUGGCUCUCAAGUUAAGACGAUGCUGAAUAUAAGUUUCAAAACUGAUUAUCUCACCAUGAUGCUAUAUAGUCCAGGUCCUAAACUGACUUCCUUUUCAGAUGUUCGUGAUCCUUCUCUGCAGCUUGCUGAAUUUAAAUUGGAAAAUAUUAUAAGUUCUUUAAAAAUGUAUACAGAUGACAAUACAGUUUCUUCUUUCUCAUUAAAAAACUGUAUUUUGGAUGACAAAAGACCUCAUGUCAAGAAAGCAACCCCCAGAAUGAUAGGACUGACUGUUGGAUUUGACAAAAAGGACAUGAUGGAUGUACAGUAUAGGACAGUCAGAGACGGUUCUGUGACUGAUGCAGUCUUUCAAGAAAUGUAUAUUUGUGCAAGUGUGGAAUUUUUGCUGACAGUUGCCAAUGUCUUUCUUGAGGCCUACACUACAGGCACUACUGUGGAAAACACUGUUCAGACAUGGGCUGCAAAAGAAGUACCUAUGCAGGAAUCAGAGAAAUGGGAAGUUAACAUUCUUAUCAAAAAUCCAGAAAUUGUGUUUGUGGCUGAUAUGACAAGCAGUGACGCUCCUGCCUUAGUCAUUACAACACAGUGUGAGAUUUGCUAUAAAGGUGACCUGGAAAACAGCACUGUGACUGCUGCGGUUAAAGAUCUCCAAGUCAGAGCAUGCCCGUUUCUUCCAGUCAAGAGAAGAGGCAGAGUUGCUACUGUUUUGCAGCCCUGUGACUUGUUUUAUCAAGCUACUCAGACAGGUGUAGAUCCACAAGUGAUGGAUAUAUCAGUAAAGUCCCUUACACUAAAAGUUUCACCAGUUAUCAUAAAUACCAUGAUUACUAUAACUUCAGCGCUUUAUACAACUAAGGAAAUGAUCCCAGAAGUAACUGUUUCUUCGAUAGCACGUUUGUGGGAAAAAAAGGAUACAAAAGAUUUAAAAAUGUGGUUCCUUGAAGAAUCAAGUGAAACUGAAAAAAUAACUCCUACAACUGAAUUGGUACCAAAAGGAGAAAUGAUGAAAAUGAAUAUUGAUUCUAUUUUUAUAGUUCUAGAAGCUGGAAUUGGUCAUAGGACAGUACCUAUGCUCUUGGCAAAGUCACGUUUUUCAGGGGAAGGCAAAAACUGGAGCACAUUAAUAAAUCUGCAUUGUCAACUUGAACUGGAAGUUCAUUAUUACAAUGAAAUGUUUGGUGUAUGGGAGCCUUUGCUUGAACCUUUAGAAAUUGAUCAGACUGAGGAUUUUAGGCCAUGGACUCUUGGAAUCAAGAUGAAAAAGAAACCCAAAAAAGCCAUUGUUGAGUCAGAUACUGAAGCAGAAAACUACAAAGUGCCAGAGUAUAAAACUGUCAUCAGUUUCAAUUCAAAAGACCAGUUAAACGUUACAUUAUCCAAAUGUGGCCUUGUAAUGUUAAAUAAUUUAGUCAAGGCAUUUACAGAAGCUGCGACUGAACCUUCAGCUCUCUUCGUAAGGGAUCUAGCACCAUUUAUAAUUUUGAAUUCUCUUGGACUUACUGUAUCAGUUUCACCAAGUGAUGCUUUUAACGUACUCAAUGUUCCAUUGGCAAAAUCAUACACGUUGAAAAAUGAAGAGAGUUUAAAUAUGGAUUAUGUAGGAACUAAGGACAAUGAUCAUUUCAGUGCAAUGACCAGUUUAAGCAGCAAACUCUUUUUUAUUCUCCUUACACCUGAGAACCACUCUACUGCCGAUAAGAUUCCUUUAACAAAAGUGGGACGACGUCUGUACACGGUGAGACACAGAGAAUCUGGAGUUGAAAGAUCUAUUGUUUGUCAGAUUGAUGCGGUGGAAGGAAGUAAAGCAGUAAUAAUCCGCUCACCCGUGCAGAUUAGAAAUCAUUUUCCAGUACCAAUUUCUGUUUACGAAGGAGAAAAAUUAUUGGGAAUUGCUUUACCUGAGAAUGAAUUCAACAUACCAUUAGCAUCUUACCGAUCAUUCCUUUUUCUGAAGCCAAAGGAUGAGGACUAUCAAAUGUGCCAAGGAAUUGACUUUGAAGAAAUUAUAAAAAAUGAUGGAGCUGUUCUGAAUAAGAAAUGUAGAUCUAUAAACCCUUCUAAGAAAUCAUUUAUUAUUAAUAUUGUUCCUGAAAAAGAUAAUUUGACCUCUCUAUCAGUAUAUUCAGAAGAUGGAUGGGACCUACCAUACAUAAUGCAUUUGUGGCCACCAAUCCUACUCCAAAAUCUUCUUCCUUACAAAAUUGCUUACUAUCUAGAGGGGAUUGAAAAUACAGUUUUUACUCUAAAUGAAGGACAGUCCACCCAUAUUUAUGCUGUACAAAUGGACAAAGCCAGAUUUCAUUUAAAAUUACUUAAUUAUCUUAAUCACGACUGGAAAGGUGAAUAUCAAAUAAGAGCUAAUCAACAAGACAUUAGUUUCAUCACUUUCACCUGUGUUACAGAAAUGGAAAAGACUGAUUUAAAUAUCGCUAUCCACAUGACUUACAAUACUGGGCAGACUGUGGUGGCAUUUCAUAGCCCAUACUGGAUGGUCAAUAAAACUGGUCGAAUGUUGCAGUAUAAAGCAGAUGGCAUUCAUCGAAAGCAUCCACCUAAUUAUAAAAAGCCAGUUAUCUUUUCUUUUCAGCCAAGUCACUUUUUUAAUAACAACAAGGUUCAACUUAUGGUAACUGAUAGUGAGUUGUCAGAUCAGUUUUCAAUUGACACAGUGGGUAGUCAUGGAGCCAUUAAAUGUAAAGGCCCACAGUUGGAUUAUCAAGUUGGUGUCACUAUAAACCUCAGCAGUUUUAAUAUUACAAGAAUUGUGACAUUUACUCCUUUUUAUAUGAUUAAAAACAAAAGCAAAUAUCAUAUAUCAGUGGCUGAAGAGGGACUUAAUAAAUGGCUCUCUCUUGAUUUGGAGCAGUGUAUCCCCUUUUGGCCCAAAGAUGCUUCUAGUAAACUUCUUAUUCAAGUUGAAAACAGUGAAGGUCCUCCCAAAAGGAUAUAUUUUAACAAGCAAGAAAAUGGUGUUUUAUUGCAUCUGAAUGAUGAGCUUGGAGGUAUUAUAGCAGAAGUUCAUUUAGCUGAGCAUUCUACAGUUAUUACAUUUUCAGAUUAUCAUGAAGGAGCAGCACCAUUCCUGUUAAUAAAUCACACCAGGAAUGACCUCAUUCAGUACAAACAAAGUUCUCUUAGUGAGGUAGAGGACUCUCUUCCUCCUGGAAAAGCAGUGUUCUAUACGUGGGCUGAUCCCGUGGGCUCUCGAAAGCUGAAGUGGAGCUGUGGGGAAAGCUUUGGUGAAGUGACACAAACAGAUGAUAUGAUGUCAGCUAUAAAUGUUGGAAAGAAGACCAUUUAUUUAGUUUCAUUCUUUGAAGGUCUGCAGCGCAUUAUUUUAUUCACUGAAGAUGCAAAGGUGUUUAAAGCAACGUAUGAAAGUGAGAAAAUGGAGUUAGCAGAGCAAGAAAUUAUACUGGCUUUACAAGAUGUUGGAAUUUCUCUUGUCAACAAUUACACAAAGCAAGAAGUGGCUUACAUAGGCAUUACGAGUUCUGAUAUAGUUUGGGAGACAAAGCACAAGAAGAAGGCAAGAUGGAAGCCAAUGAGUGUAAAGCACACUGAGAAGCUGGAAAAAGAAUUUAAGGAAUACAUUGAAUCUUCACCUUUGGAAGACAAGAUCAUUGAGUUGGACACCAACACUUCGGUUCGCCUAACACCUAGUGGUAACAACAUGAAAAUUCUGCAACCACAUGUAAUAGGUCUCCGAAGAAAUUACCUUCCAGCAUUAAAAGUUGAACAUAGCACAUCUGCACAUCAGUCGUCAUUCCGAGUUCAGGUUUACAGAAUACAGAUCCAAAACCAGAUUCACGGUGCAAUUUUUCCAUUCGUAUUUUAUCCUGUUAGACCUCCAAAGUCUGUCACCAUGGACUCAGCACCAAAGCCCUUUACUGAUGUCAGUAUUGUCAUGAGAUCUGCAGGACAUUCCCAGAUAUCACGUAUUAAGUAUUUCAAAGUAUUGAUUCAAGAAAUGGAUCUUAGGUUAGAUCUUGGAUUUAUCUAUGCUUUAGCAGACCUUAUGGCAGGAAAUGAAGUGACCGAAAAAACAGAGGAGGGACUUUUUAAUAAAGACAUAGAAGCUUUUGAAGAAGACUAUGAAACAGGUUCACUAAUAGAUCAAUCACAAGUCAGUCUUUAUGAGUAUUUUCAUAUAUCUCCUAUCAAGUUGCAUCUAAGUGUUUCACUGAGUCCGGGUAGAGAAGAAGUUAAAGAUCCAGAACAACGUGGAGGACUGAUUCCAUUUCGUUCUAUAAAUCUUUUGCUGAAGAGUAUUGGUGCUACUCUUACAGAUGUACAGGAUGUAGUUUUUAAGCUUGCCUUUUUUGAGCUCGACUAUCAGUUUCAUACGACAUCUCAACUACAGUCUGAAGUAAUAAAACACUAUUCAAAACAGGCCAUUAAGCAGAUGUAUGUACUCAUUCUUGGACUUGAUGUUUUGGGAAAUCCCUUUGGCUUGAUUAGGGAAUUUUCAGAAGGUGUAGAGGCGUUUUUUUAUGAACCCUACCAGGGCGCCAUCCAGGGUCCUGAAGAGUUUGUGGAGGGAAUGGCACUGGGACUCAAGGCGCUCGUUGGGGGAGCUGUUGGUGGCUUGGCUGGUGCUGCCUCCAAAAUCACUGGUGCUAUGGCUAAAGGUGUGGCGGCCAUCACCAUGGAUGAAGACUACCAGCAGCAGAGGAGAGAAGCCAUGAAUAGGCAGCCGACUGGUUUAAGAGAAGGGCUCACUCGUGGAGGAAAAGGCUUGGUUUCUGGUUUUGUAAGUGGCAUUACAGGAAUUGUUACAAAACCAAUCAAAGGGGCUCAAAAAGAAGGAGCAGCUGGUUUCUUUAAAGGUGUUGGGAAAGGUUUAGUUGGAGCAGUGGCCAGGCCAACUGGAGGCAUCAUAGACAUGGCUAGCAGUACGUUUCAGGGAAUAAAAAGAGCUACAGAGACUUCUGAAGUAGAGAGUCUACGACCUCCUCGAUUCUUUAAUGAAGAUGGAGUUAUCAGGCCUUACAGGUUGAGGGAUGGUACUGGAAAUCAAAUGUUACAGGUCAUGGAAAAUGGAAGAUUUGCAAAAUACAAGUAUUUUACUCAUGUCAUGAUCAAUAAAACAGAUAUGUUCAUGAUAACGAGACGUGGUGUAUUGUUUGUAACAAAGGGCACCUUUGGACAACUUACAUGUGAGUGGCAGUAUAGUUUUGAUGAAUUUACCAAAGAACCAUUCAUUGUUCAUGGGAGAAGAUUGCGCAUUGAAGCAAAGGAACGGGUGAAGUCUGUAUUCCAUGCCAGAGAGUUUGGAAAAAUAAUAAACUUCAAGACCCCAGAGGAUGCUAGGUGGAUCCUUUCAAAGCUAGAAGCAGCAAGAGAACCUUCUCCAAGCCUCUGAGGAGAGCGCUGCCACCGCAGCCGUUGCUCAUUCCCGCACCGUCCUUCCAGUGCCUCUUCAGGGAGUGAAUCACAGGGCUGACUUCUAAACGCUUAGAGUCCGACCAGGUAAAAGAGCGAUGUGAUUAAAGCUCUUCAACUCUCUGGAGAUCUGUUCGGGUUCCUAGCUUGAAUUAUGUAUCUAAUUACAGUUCUCACUGCUGUAUCAAAGGAAAUAUUUGCUGUAGGCUUUUCCCUGUUGUAGUGGAGAGGUUCUCCGUCAUAGUCCCCACAGGGACUAAAGCUGGUUUCUGGUUCUUAUUUUAAAAUUCUAUCAAGUUCAAACUUCUUGAGUGAUGAGUAAAUGAUCAAAUCAGACAUCGCCUCAGUGGUGUCAAUGCUGGUUUGUUCAGAAGUAUGGAGUUCUUUAUACAAAUAAGUAUUUUGGUAUUUUCCCUCAGUCGGUUUGGAUUAUAUUUAAAAUGCAUAGCAUAAUUAUGAAAAACUGUUUCUUUUGAGAUUGGACGUAGAUUGAAUAAUACCCCUUCAAGCCUGGUGUUAAGAAUGGCUUGAAGAAAUGAACAUCAUGUCUGUAAUGGGAAAGUCCUUUGGAACUCAAGAGCCUCAGAAACACUUCCUGGAGCCAACUUCAUGAAGUCUCCUCGGUUUGUCUCACUGAGUUUUUAAUAGACUUUUGACUUCCAAGGAAAAUUCUUGAUGCCUUAAUAGUACCUAAUUUUCUGUUCACUGGUGACAAGCAAUGAAAUUUUCCACAUCUUAGAUACAAUGGGUUAUGCUUUAGAGCAGACAGCCCCUCUCAUAGUAAAAGUAUGAACCCUAAUCUAAACCAGUAACCCACUUGUUGGUGAUACAUUGAUAAUUUGAUUUACUUUUUUGUAAUUAAUCAAACAAGAAUCACUUCUUUAAAUGUACAGCUUAUCAAAAAAGUAUAGACUGUACAUUAGUAAAAAGUAAGGUCAUGGAGGUUGUUUUUUCUUGACUUUUGUCCAAGAUCUUUGCACCUUAAUAUUUCAAGUGUAAACGGAUGAAUAUGACUGUAAACUAUGAACAGAAGAGGCCCAGCUCAGUGUCUUAAUUAGUUAUUGAGAAAUAGAGUAUCUGGAUGCAUGUUAUAUGUGUCACCAAAUUAUAAACCAUUUUUGGAAUUGAAGCUGUAUAGACAGUGGUUGUAAAAUUCUCAGGCUCGUCAAACCUUUGCUUUGUUGUAAAAGCUAAAAUAAACAGCAUGGCAGACUGUAAUUAUACUUCUUGUUGACCAAAUCCUACUGAGUACAAUUGAUUUCUCUUACUACAAAAACACUUUAUCAGUGGUUUCAUGUAGGGUGCCUUUAUUAUCCUGACUAUAAAUUGAAUUGAGAUAACAAAUUUUAAACUACAUGAUAUUGUGACCCCAUAAUAACCUUUUAUCAGUAAUGUACAUAUUUCCUAUGUUGUUGAGCUUCUCCAAAUUAAUGUACCUCAAAAUUUAACCUAAGUAUAGGUGACCUGCGUUGAAUUACCCUCAUCUGGAAUGUUGCUUUCCUGGAGUUUCACUCAUUGCCAUUAGUCAGAUACCUCAUUAGCCAUCCCAGCUUCAUGAUUUCAGCAUUCAGAAAAACUAUACAGCCAUAACUCACUGAGUGUCCCACAGUGAAAUGAAAAUGUAAAAUAGCGUAGAAAUACUUUUGGUAUCCUGUGGCAACCAGCAAGACUGUGUCUUAACGAGUACACAUACAAAGCCAGUGUGCCUCUGCGUGUUCCCUUCCCAUAAGAACCCAGAAAUACAUCAUUAUCUUCUCUGUCAGUCACCUGCCUGUCAUAUCCUUCUGCCACUUUUCUGUCUCUAGAGUAGAAGGAACCAGUUUCAAGAACUGUUAUCAAGUAUUUUAGAAGAUUGUCCUCAUCUAAAUGACCAUAAAAGCUAAGAACAUUAAUAGAUCACUAGAUGAUGAAUCUUCAGCAUAUCAUUUUAUCACUUGUAAUUAUGUUUGAUAUAGUAGUCUUUUUUUCCUGUAAUGAAGUUUGGAGUCUUACGCUAUUUGAAAACAAUGCCCUGAAAUGCGUUAUGUGCACUGGUUUUAGCUUUUCUUUUAAAGUAUAUUUGUUUCUUCUUCCCUAGUCUUAGCACUGUGUUGAGAUUUUUCCCAAGGUCAGUGUAGCACAGAUUGGUUAUGUUUUGGCACUACAUCAUCGUUGCUAUCUAUAGGCAGUCCUUCCUUUUUACCCUUCUCUAUAAUGCUAAUCCAUCUGAAGGCAGCUCUCCUGUGGCAAAUAACACAUUCUUUACAUGUACAUUCUCUCAUGCAUCAUAAUAUUUUCAGUUUUCUGAUAGCAUGUAGUAGCAGAACAUUAUCCCAGUGGCUAUUGAUGUACCUAGUUCAUCUCUUAGAAGUGUCUCACAAAUGUUAUUUCAUACUUGACUGGUCAAAUGAAAAGGGAUUCCUUAGUGCUGAACUUUCUGUAGCUUGCUUAAUCACCAGUUGCGUAUAUUAGUUGAUCCAUUAAGCUAUGUCACAUGUCACCUUGCAUUAAAGGACUUUAGGGGAAAAGUACUUGGCUACUAGCCUAGAAAUCUGCAUGUAGGAGCUAAAAGUGUGCCAUUCUCUGACGAUGGAAGUAACUCUGGCACUGGGUGUUUCCUGGCCCACUCUACACAAGUCUGCGAAAUCUGUCUGGGGUCCCAGGCUUUUGUUUAUCUUUUCCCAGGAUCAAUCAAAGCCUCAAAUGUAGUGUUUUUCAAAGAAUAGAUCUUAACCCAUUAGUGAGUUUUCAAAUCAGUUAACCCCUCAAGACCAGCAUGUUUUUUUUUUUGUUUUGUUUUGUUUUUUGUCUUUUUCCUUUUUAUCAGUACCGGGGAUCGAACUCACAACUGCCUGCUUGCAAGGCAGGCACUUAUGCCGCUGAGCUAAAUCCCCAGCUCCAAGACCAGCAUGUUUUAAAAGUCAAGAAGAAAAUAGAAUAAGUAGAAUGUGUAAGAAGGUUAAAUACUGUUUCCUCAAAUAUCUGUUUUGUUAAAUGCACUACUCAGUCACAAUAUAAAACUUCAUUUCCUAGUAUAAAUCAUAACUUGUAAAAGAACCGUGUAUGAACGUGAGCAGUCCAGUGAGUGCUCCAAGUCUGAGUAACGAGGAGCCCCUUAGGUAAGGAGCAGCGAGUCCCCAGCUCAGGAACCCUUCAGACUGCGAGCGUUCUCAGGACAGUAGGAUGGGACAGCUGCUGUGGUGGUGUUGCCUUUCUUACCAUGUAACAUAUUUCCUGGGACUCAGUGACACCAGUGAAAGCAUUAGGUCUACAAAUGGCACCCAGAAAACACCCUUGGCUAUCAUUUAGCUAGAUAUAUUCCAGCCUCCUAAUGUCAAGCACUUUACUGGAACUGGGGACAGAAGUUUUGCCCAUUAGGUUGAACUUGCUCUGCCUUCUGACCAUCAUACAGGUGACAAAAGCCCUAAAAACACACCGUUUGUUCCUGUAGGGCUCAAAUACUUACAUGCUGGGCAGUGCUAUUCAGAGGUCAAUGCAUUAUAACUAAAAUUAAUGGAUUCCCUUAUUUCUUUAAGAUCAAGCAGAAAAUAGAGAACUCACAUUCCUCAUGCUGACCUUAAUAUAAUGUGAUUCCCUUUGGUGCUGUGCAGUAUUGUAAAUAAGGAGCCCAUUCACCCUCUUGUCAGAUCUUUCGAGAAAUACUUUACCUAACCAGGGCAGCACUAGUCCAUUAUAAUUUUAUGGUCUUUACUCUCCAUAGUUUCAGUUUUGGUCAGUAGAGCUAAUGCAGCUCCCCCACUUGCCCCACUACGGUAGAACUGGUCUGAUUGUGGUUGUUUCAGGGCUGUAAGUCCAACCAGCACUUGCUGCACCUUGCUGUACUGUGUUACAGACCUUGUGUUUCUUCAGCGGAAACCUUUUCUCCGUAAUUUUCUCCUUUGUAAAAUACAGUAUUUUUAAGCAUUAUAACUUUUUUUUUUUAACAUAAUGGUUUCGGUUACCCAAAGAGCUACACACAAACACAGCUUCAGAUUUUACAGGUUGAUAUAUUUUUAAAAUUUUUAUUACCUUAUUCAAAUAUAUAUUUGUAUUAUAGUUUAACACCUAUGAUGAUACGUAUCAAACUGCUGUGCCUAAAACCUGUCACUGAGCUCCAUUUCAUAUUUCUCUGGUAUCUAAAGAGCGUGUCCCUUCUAGUGAAGCACUUGUAACAAGAAACGCUGAGUCUGGUCAUACAGUAUCUAAAUAGAAGUUUACCUAAAGUAGAGCAUGUUGAAACACCACAGCUUUGUUUGUCUUGCCAUCACAGAUCCAGUGUUAAACUUAUCCAGAUGUUUUCAUUGUGGCAGAAAAUCAUUCAAGCAGCAAUGUAGAAUAGGUUAUACUGAAAUAUUCUCAAGAGUGAUGGUUAUACAGCUGCAAACUAUUAGAAAUUACACCUGGGACUUGUUACAAGGUAAUCAUUGCUGAUGUAACUGUGUUACACUAAUGAAGUUUCAGAGAAGGUGUGUUUUAAAAAUACUUCCUCCUGCCAAAAUUUUAUACUUACCAAAUAAUUUGUGAUGCUUACUCUUGGCGAUAUAUGGAUAUGGAGAUUAUAUAUAAUAUAUAUAUUAUACAUAGAUGGUUAAAGAUAAUUAGACUUUAAAAAAUACUCCUGCAUUACCUCAGUCUUUCCUUCACUUUUCUGUCACUCAUCCCUUGUGUAUGGGCUUGGCCCAGUUGUCUGUUACACAGCCUCAGCCUUAUUUUUGUGUGUUUUGGUAGGACCAUGUAUAAACACAGUGUUCACAAGUGCAGUUCUUUCUCUUAACAUUGAGCUCAGCCCCCUACCUUUGGUUUGUACUGACUCACAGCUUUGCUCUAACGGUGCUUUAUUUCUUAGUAUCGGUAGAUUUGAGUUGCAUGAUGACAUUCAGUUUAACCGUGUAUGUCUUUUCAAAUAAACAGAGUCCAAUAAAGCUUUCUGAUCUUAA